AUGGUCAAAGACGACGAGACUGUCAUCCAGUAGGCUGUAUCCGGGGAUACUUCCUCCAAGUCAAUGCUGACGGACGCAUUCCAGGGAGUUCAACGAGCUCAUCAACAUGAGUGCUGAUGAGCUGCAAGACUGGCUCGGUCGCGAGGAGUCCACGGGUGCAGGCUGGGACAAAGACGACGGCUCCGGGGAGACCAUCGGCCACGACAGGUAACCGAGCUUCCACGGGCAUGCUCACCAUCUUCGCUAAAAAGCAUUCUCAGUGGUCGCAAGAUUGUCGCCAUCUUGCAGAAGAACCCCAAGAAGGAUCCAAGCCAGUAUGACGAAGAGGACAUCCCGCACAUGCGCAAAGUCGUCGCGUAUAACAAGCGCCAUCUGGCCCAGGAGGGCAAGGCGAAGCAAGACCCCAACAGCAAGAGCGCGAAGAGCCUGAAGAACUGGGUAUGUCUUGCCGCGUUCGUAUCCAUUUAGCGGACGACUACGACUGACUGAACACCAGGGCCACGAUCCUCAAAAGGCUUGA